GUCAAUUGUUAGGUAAUACGAAUAAUACGUUUAAUAUAAUAGAUUUGCAAUAUAUUUAUCGCAAAAAUGUUUAUCUUGAGAAGGUUUUACGUUGCACCAAAACAUAAUUUUUUUAUUAAAAAAACAGAUUUGCGUAAAUGCAAUCAUGGAAAUUGUAACGAUAUAACCACAAAGACAUCUGAGUCUUGCGGCACAUCGUUUGAAAUACUCGAGGGCAAAAUGGAAUGCAACGUGAUUAAUGGCAUGCAUUUAAUUUCCGAAUAUAAAAGAGAAUCGUUCGUUACCACCAUUGGAUGUCUUCUGCCAGCAGGCACAAUGUUUGAAAAAUCCCAUGAACGCGGUAGCGCAUUAUUUUUGGAGCACUUGUUAUUUCAAAGAGGAACGCAAAAAAGUCCGCUACAAAUCGAACAAGAAUUGCAGGAAAUAGGCGGUACUGUAACAGCUAAUGCAAUGCGAGAUAUGUUUGUAUUUUAUGGAACAGUACCUUCUCAUAAUGCCGGAAAACUCGCGGAGUUGCUGAUCGAUGUCGCUAUAAACGGUGUUACAUGUACAACGGAUGUUAAAUUAGCAAAAUCUCGGAUUCUCAAUGAACUCAUUAAAAUUGACUCUAAUCCAGAACGAGUGGCAAUGGAUUAUCUUUCUAGCAUCGCGUAUCAAGAUACAGCACUCGCUAAAAGCGUAUUUCCCGAAAGUCACAUAAUCAAAAAUUUUGAGACAAGCAGUUUAACAUGCUUUAGAAAGCGUGUGUUUAAGCCGCAUUUCAUCACGUUGAUUAGUUCUGGUGCGCUCUCUUCAGAAGAGUUACAAACUUUAGUGUGCAAACAUAUUGUUAAGAAUCCGCAGGAAACAUACGAUUGCGAAUUGGAAUCCUUCUCGAAGUGUUUAAAAUUGAAGCAGUUACGUUUUUCAGGUUCUGAUUUGCGACUGAGAGACGACGACGAGGAAUUAGGAUACGUAGCUAUAGGAUUUGAAGGACCGACCUUCUCUCCCAAUCAGUGUAAAGAUCGAUAUGCUUUUGAAGUAGCUAAAGAAAUUGUAGGCUCGUGGGAUAUGACGUAUGGUGGGGCGAAUCACAACGCGCCGUAUCUCGCGCACAGUGCAUUUAAUACGAACACGUGUCAUUUGUAUAAAUCUUUCAUUCUGGAUUACGCGUGCAAUAGCAUAUGGGGUUGCUAUUUUGUUUGCGAUAAAUUGAAACUCAGUACCAUGGUUGACAUGUUAAUGAGUGAAUGGAGAAGAUUGUGUACGACAAUUACCGACGCGGAAGUGGAACGUGCUGUAAAUAAAUGCAAAUUUCACGAACUCGUCAAGUUGAAUGAUCCGGUCGAUCGUUUUCUGGACAUAGUUAACUGCAUCUAUUUACGUAAUUGUUAUAAACCCAUGAAUGAGAGACUCGCGAUGUAUGAAGAGAUCACAGCAAAUGCAGUACGAGAAGCUGCCGCUAAGUACAUAUACGAUCAAUCCCCCGCAGUUGUGGCACUUGGACGCAUUGAAAAUUUAACCGAUUACUCUGCUAUACAUAGCGGCACGUACUCGUUCUUUUAUUAAUCGUGCGAGAAAUUUUAUACAUGUUCACUUAUCACUUGAAUUUUAACACACACGAGAUACAAAAUGCACACAUAAGAGUGUGUCGUAUUUUGCGGACAGGGAAUUAAAAAGCGGAAAUUUCUUUUUUUUUAUAGUAUCAAGAAUUUUAAUAAUCAAUAUUGUCGGAUAUUUAAUACAUAAUAUAUUAAUUAUGUAUAUAAUAUAUAAGACAGUAUUUUGUAUGGACACAACGCAUAAUUGGCGCAGCGAGGUCACGAAAAAACCUCUAAUCCCUUAUCUUUACGCGAGUUACCGGGAAGAAUAUUUUUUUCCGGCGCUUAACUAUUACAAUUUUAUUAUUAUUAUUAUUAUAUUAGUAUUAACAUCAAAACUCUCUUUUUUUUGCUUUCUCCCCCUUCUUGUUUUUUGCUUUCCUUUACGGGAAAAUAAUUUACUUCAGGAGAUUUUUUUUGAGAGAGAAUUUUCGUGUACUGCAAUAGUCUCUUUCUUUCUUUUUUUGUUUUAGCGUUUAUACAUCACUAUCACCACCGUGAGCGUUUUUUCUUUCAAUUUUCUCUCCGCGCACAUUUGGCUCAUAUACAUUAUAUUACGCAAGCUUUUUCUCUCACGCACACGCAAUUUCUUCAACGCACGCAAUAUGUAUUUUUGUUUUUGUUUUUUUUUUUUUUUUUUUUUUUAUCGCU